AUGGCACCUGCUUUUCUUAUCACCGGGGCCACUGGCCGUCAGGGUGGCUCGGCAGCCCGCAUCCUGCUUGAGAGAGGAAUGACUGUUCACGUUCUGGUGCGAAAACGAGACUCACCUGCUGCUCAAGAGCUGGAAAGCCUCGGCGCGGUCCUCUUCGAGGGUGAUUUCAACAGUGGGGCGGCAUGUCAGGAGGCGGCGAAGGGAGUCUCGGGCAUAUUCCUCAAUCUCUGGCCCACGCAAGAUCCUGCAGACCAGGCUCGUCAAGCUCAGGCGUUCAUCGACAUAGCAAAGGCUGAUGUCGCGACCAUCGUGGCUUCAACUGCAUUUCUUGCUACCAGGUCGGAUCUCUGGGGAGGUGUGAAUGGGCUGAAGCAAUACUACGCAGGCAAAGUAGGCGUCGAGGAUGCCUUGCGUGAAGCGAAACUAGCCUCCUAUACAAUCCUGCGCCCGGCCUUGCUCAUGCACAACUACCUGAUGCCCGACUCCAAAUACCACUUUCCUGAGUUAUCUACUGAGGGGGUAGUGGCACACGCGUACGGGCCGGGGCGUCGGAUGGCACACUUGGAUGCUGCUGAUGUCGGAAAGUUUGCGGCCGAGGCUCUUCUCCAGCCAGCCAGAUUUAAUGACCACGAAAUUGAGCUUGGCUUCCAAAAUCUGACGCAAGAAGAGAUCGGUGAGGCUCUCAGUGAGGUUAGCGGGCGGACGGUUAAGGUCCAUCGCUGGACUGAAGGCGAGAUCAAGGAGAAGCGAGGGCGCAUUGUAACCCUGCCCUGGCAGCUGCUGGCGAACGAGCACGACCUUUCCGUUGAUGGUGAGAAACUUCAAAGUGAAUAUGGAGUAUCUUUGACCUCAUUCUCCGAGUUUCUCCAUCGUGAGAAGGCCAAGGUUGUGGAGUCACUACCAUCGGCAUGA